UCGCGAGGAAAUGCGGGCGCGCGCGAGCGCCGGAGCGUCGCCGGGGGCACCCAGCCAGUAGCCGGCCGAGGACACCGCCCCUGAGAGGCCUGGUCGGGCGCCCCCGCGGGACCGCGCUCCGACGUCCUCCGCGGUGGGCGCUGUGGGGCCCGAGGGCGUCAUCCUGAGGCCGUCUGUCCGGACCUCCCGAGCGUCGGCGAGCCGGCCUGGCCGCCUCCUCCUCCUCCUCCUCCCUCGGGACUUCGCCGCAGUGCGGUUUAUUGGCAGUCAUGUAACCCUCUGACGAGUGCUGAAGUGAGCACAACGAGGGACAGAUGCAGGUGUACUGAAUCUUGAACUGAGUCUUAGGAAAUCCAGAGGUGUGUAAGUAGGCGUCAGGCCCUGUUUGCAAUGAGCUGUUGGUAGAAGAAACUUGAUGGUGAGAUGUCAGCUGCCUAAGUGCACUGUUGGGACAAAAUGGAAGAAGAACAACUAGAAUGUCCAAACUCCUCCUCUGAAAAACGCUAUUUUCCUGAAUCCUUGGAUUCCAGUGAUGGGGAUGAGGAAGGGGUUCUGGCCUGUGAGGAUUUGGAACUGAACCCUUUUGAUGGAUUGCCAUAUUCAUCACGUUAUUACAAACUUUUGAAAGAAAGAGAAGAUCUUCCAAUAUGGAAAGAAAAAUACUCCUUUAUGGAGAAUCUGCUGCAGAAUCAAAUUGUGAUCGUUUCAGGAGAUGCUAAAUGUGGCAAGAGCUCUCAGGUUCCUCAGUGGUGUGCUGAAUAUUGCCUGUCCAUCCACUACCAACAUGGGGGCGUGAUAUGCACACAGGUCCACAAGCAGACUGCAGUCCAGCUUGCCCUGAGGGUAGCAGACGAAAUGGAUGUUAACAUAGGACAUGAAGUUGGCUACGUGAUCCCUUUUGAAAACUGCUGCACCAGUGAAACAAUCCUGAGGUACUGUACUGAUGAUAUGUUGCAAAGAGAAAUGAUGUCCAAUCCUUUUUUGGGUAGUUAUGGGGUCGUCAUCUUAGAUGAUAUUCAUGAAAGAAGCAUUGCAACAGAUGUGUUACUUGGACUUCUUAAAGAUGUUUUGCUAGCAAGACCAGAACUGAAGCUCAUAAUUAACUCCUCACCGCUCCUGAUCAGCAAACUCAGUUCUUAUUAUGGAAACGUGCCUCUCAUAGAAGUGAAAAAUAAGCACCCUGUGGAGGUUGUGUACCUUAGUGGGGCUCAAAAGGAUUCUGUUGAGUCUAUUUUACGCCUUAUCUUUGAAAUUCACCACUCGGGUGAGAAGGGUGACAUUGUAGUCUUUCUGGCCUGUGAACAAGAUAUUGAAAAAGCCUAUGAAAUUUUCUGUGAAGAAGGCUCUAACCUAAACCCAGAUGUUGGAGAACUGGUGAUUGUUCCUUUGUAUCCCAAAGAGAAGUGCACACUGUUCAAGCCAGUUGAUGAAACAGAAAAACGAAGCCAAGUUUAUCAACGAAGAGUGAUGUUGACUACUAGCUCUGGGGAGUCUUUGAUCUGGAACAACACAGUCAGAUUUGUUAUUGAUGUGGGUGUGGAAAGAAGAAAGGUAUACAACCCCAGAAUCCGAGCCAACUCCCUUGUCCUGCAGCCCAUCAGCCAAAGUCAAGCUGAAAUUCGGAAGCAGCUUCUUGGGUCUUCUUCUUCAGGAAAACUUUUCUGUCUGUACACUGAAGAAUUUGCUUCCAAGGACAUGAGGCCACUUAAACCAGCAGAAAUGCAGGAAGCCAACCUAACCAGCAUGGUGCUUUUCUUAAAGAGGGUAGACAUCGCGGGCUUAGGCCACUGCGACUUCAUUAACAGACCAGCACCAGAAAGUUUGAUGCAGGCAUUGGAAGACUUGGAUUAUCUGGCAGCUCUAGACAACGAUGGAAAUCUUUCUGAAUUUGGAAUCAUCAUGUCUGAGUUUCCUCUGGAUCCACAGCUGUCAAAGUCUAUCUUAGCAUCCUGUGAAUUUGACUGUGUAGAUGAAAUGCUAACCAUCGCUGCCAUGGUAACAGCUCCUAACUGCUUUUCGAAUCUGCCUCAUGUGGCUGAGGAGGCUGCCAUAACUUGUUGGAAAACAUUUUUACAUCCUGAAGGUGAUCAUUUUACCCUCAUCAACGUUUACAAGGCCUACCAAGAUGCGGCUGUGAACUCCUCCAGUGAGUACUGUGUGGAAAAGUGGUGUCACGAUUACUUCCUCAACUGUUCUGCUCUCAGGAUGGCAGACGUUAUCCGAGCUGAACUCUUAGAAAUUAUCAAGCGAAUCGAGCUUCCCUAUGCAGAACCUGCUUUUGGCUCCAGGGAAAAUAAUCUGAACAUCAAGAAAGCUCUGCUGUCUGGCUACUUCAUGCAGAUUGCUCGGGAUGUUGAUGGGUCAGGUAACUACCUGAUGCUAACACAUAAGCAGGUUGCUCAGCUGCAUCCCCUGUCAGGUUACUCCAUCACCGGGAAGAUGCCGGAGUGGGUCCUCUUCCAUCAGUUCAGCAUCUCUGAAAAUAACUAUAUCAGGAUCACCUCAGCAAUCUCUCCUGAACUAUUUAUGCAACUGGCCCCGCAAUACUAUUUCAGUAAUCUGCCUCCUAGUGAAAGUAAAGACAUUCUGCAACAAGUCAUGGACCACCUAUCCCCCAUUUCAACCAUCAAGAAGGAAGAGGACAUGUGUGAAAAGUGCCCUGAUACUACUGAACAGAGAUGUACUAUUCAAUGACUGCUCAUCGAAUAUAAGGUGCAAUAAGGAUCUCACGGGGAGCCUACGGUGGAUGUCUGGAGCCUUAUGCAGACACGUAAGGUGAAGACAGACAUCACAACCCACAGGACAGUCCUAAAGAAGCAACACUUCGUAUAUGAUUUUAAAAUAAAAAAUAGGAGUUUUUAUUGUGUUCUUUAAAUUACCUACUCCAUGUUCUUAUUCGAAGUUUUUAAUCAACCAUUCAUAAUCUGACCAAAAUUUAAAAAAAAAACAUUAUUUUGAAAAUGUGUCACAGACACAUGAAAUAGAACCCUACUUUUUGUAGAGGACUUUACCCUGAAUAAAGUCAUGAGUUUUUCAGUAAA